UAAUUUUAUGAAAAGAAAAUACAGCCGAAAUAUUGAACACUGCUAAUCUGGGAAAAUCGUGUUCUCUAUAAAGUUUUUAUUACUAUAAUUCCUUGUUUACUCUGCCACGUCAGAGCGUCAGAGGUACAAUAUUGAUACAUAGGCCUUUUGACUAACAGUACAGAUUACAGAUAUGUUAACUAACAAAACCUCAUCGACGACACCAGUAACAACCCCACAGACAAAUGACGAAGAAGAUGACGGGGGCAAUGAUAGUCGAAUCACAAAUACUGUCCUGAGAUGCCCACUAUGUAAACAAAACCUUUGCACUCCGGUGACAUUGAAUUGCUUACAUUCUUUCUGUAAAGAAUGCUUACUUCGCCAGAAAACGCAUCUUCAAGACAAAGAUGAUAAUGACAGUGGGAGAAAAUUUCUAAAGUGCCCAUCAUGUCAAUAUAUAACUCCGCUGAAAGAUAGUUCAGAAAAAGAUAUCGAAAUUGAACCUGCCGUAUCUCUUCUACAAAACAGUAUUAUAUUAACUCUUACAGAUAUUUCAACGGGAACAAAUCUGAAUUGUGAGCCCUGCAGAAACCGCCAAAAAAACACUGACGCAACAUAUUGGUGUUUUGAUUGCAUUGCUUACCUAUGUGAAGAAUGCUUUCUUUUCCACAACUCUUUAUCAUGUCUUGCCGAACACAAGGUUUUCCCCAAAGAAGAAAUAGCUGGAAAGAUGUCUUUAGUAGCCAAGGCAAGAGAAGUGUGUGCCAAACAUGGUUUACGUUUGACCCAUUUCUGUAGAGCCGAAAAUAAUGUAUGUUGUGAAAGAUGCAUUUCUGUUGAUCAUAUCGACACUUGUUCUGGAAAACAUGAUAAUGUUGAUGACGUUGCCGCAAGUGUAGCUGAUGCAGCCAUCUCAAAGCUUCUAUUAUCCGUAAGGACCUUAAAUGAUGAAAUAUGUACAUUCAUGAAUGUCACCGACUCAUUUGAGUCCGAAAUUGAUUGCUUUUUUCAACGGAAGCACAAACUUAUCAUGGAAACGGAACAAAUCUUCAAAAGAAAAAUAUUAGAAAAAUGUGAUAUUCUGGUCGCAGAAUCAUACAAAAUGGCCUACUUUAAUUUGCAAGAUAUUGAAUCGAUUUUGCCGUUGCUACAACAGAAGAGAAUGUCUUUGACAAAUGCUCUUGAUAUUUUGUCCGCCUCUCUAAACGGAUCAGAAAUUCGAUUUUUUCUUGAAAAACAGAAGGUGAAGACCAUCGUUCUGAAUGUUCAAAAGUCCAUCCCAACUCUGCUACUAGAAAACAAGAAAGAUAUUUCAAUAUCUUUUCAAGCUUUAGCCAUUCUCAGAAACCUUUGUUCAGUUGAAACUUUCGGCUCCAUUUAUGAAGUCAAACAUGUAAAGGAGUUUCCAUGUGUCACAGAUAAAUCCAAGGCCCUGGAUGGUUUAGAUGGACUGAGUGUAUUAGGCAAAACAGAACCUUCCGCUAGCUCAGACGAUGCAAAUGAAACGAAACAGGAAAACCAUGGAAAAUCAGCAAAGCCAAACAUUAAUAGCAUCGGUGAAAUUGCUGCUGUUGGUGAAACUAAAGACAAUGUUGUGCAAUUGUUGGAUGGCACUGCAGACAAAGAUUUAGCAGAAGUCCGUAGAACACAAAAUGAAACGUCUCAUGUAACUCGCUCUACUGCUGCGUGUAGCAGUUGGAAUAAUGUGAUGUUGGAAAGCUCCACUACAGAUACAUCCGGUAAAAAAUAUAAAAUUAACAGUUUUUCAGCACAGUCGAGGUUAUGGGUGAGCGAAAUGGAUCUAAGUUCAAGACAACGAUUUUCUGAAGACCAUCCUAGGUCUUUUGAAUUCGGAGGAGACACGUUCUCACUGUUAACGACGAUAGAUAUCGAACGAGGAAACUCCCAUAUAACUGGAUGCAGUUGGGUAUCUGAAAAUGAAAUUCUCGUGGUUGAUGCAAACUUGAAACGAAGGUACACGGCCUUCAUUUGUAAUGUACUAACCAAAAAAAUUAUCAAGAAGAUUCGCUUGAAACACAAACCUUUUGACGUAACUGUUACUGCUGAUAAUGAAUGCGUCAUAAGCUUUCCCCAAGAAGAGAAGAUACUAGUGUAUGAUGUAAACGACUUCUCUGAGGUUGAUGAUAUAGAUGUUGAUUUCCAUUGCCAUGGGGUCUAUGGUAUGGAUAAUGGAAUGAUCAUUACUGCAGGCGAUGAAAACAUUGCCAUUUUUGACAGUGACUUUGUAUUAAAGAAAGAUUGGACUGUGGAUGGAGAAAAUAUCAGAUACGUUUGUGCGGGCAACAUUAACCUCAUAUUUUACAGUGAAUUACAAGAAUGCAAUAUCUAUCGAAUUCAUGGGAAUGGAGACAAUCUAUUUCAGUACCAUGAUGAUGAUAUGAAAGGUGCAGCCGGACUUAUCAUGGAUGGAAAUAAAGACAUAUAUGUAUGUGAAAAAGGUUCCAAUUAUUUAUGGGUUUUGGAUAAAAAAUGCAAUUUCAUUCAAAAAAUUGAUAUUGGAGAAAUUCCAACAGUGAUAUCACUUUCAAAGGAAGGAAAUAAGAUUUGCGUGAUAAGAGGUGGGAGAAAUUCAGCAAACGUGGCAGAUAUUUAUACAAAAAUGACUGGUAUAUGUACAUAAUUUGCGAGUAGCGGAACUAACAGCACAAUGUCAGGAGGUAGUCGUUUGUGACAUGUUGAUAUGAACAAAAAUCGGGAUAUUUUGAUCUGUUCUUGAGCUAUACAUGUAUGUGUAUUGUAUAAAUAACUACAUGUAUGAAACGAAUGACUAGGUUUGUAAAAAGCCACGUUUGGCCUCACCUCAAAAAUAAAACUGGAAGUCACAAAAUUAUCAA